UGAAACCGUGCCAGAAGAGAGAGAGAGAGCGAGCGAAAGAAUCCGUAGGAUAUGGAAGGGCUAUAGUUGUAGUCGGGGAGUAAGAAGGAGGAGACGCAUCGUAGAAGGUGCAAGGAAGACUUACAGCACAAAUCAGAAAAUAAUAUUGCUGGCCGUUAACUAAAAAAGUUGAAAGGACUCGCAUAUCUUCUUCCCGUAUUAGAAUUCCUGCAAUAAUGAACAGCAACAAAAUGCUAGAGGCAUGAUGUAAACAUGCAUAAGAUUAUCCUGCAUGUUAAUCCCCGUUCAUUGUCGAAAUAUAUCAGGUGCAUCCAAAGGGGGGAAAGGGUGGACGUCUAAAGACACGGACCCCAACAACUUGGAGCUCCAUGGAUUUUAAAAAGAGGUCGUCUUAAACAAAUGAGGUGUUGGCAUUUAGUGGAGCAGGAAGUGGGACACAGCUGUCAGUACCACUAAUCGUGCAACAUAACCAUGGACUGCAGCGCAAUCAGAAAUUUUAUCCGCAGAUAUUGUGCUGGUGAAGAAAACUGGGUUGAUAGUCGAUCUGUUUAUGUUGGGCAUCGUGAGCCUCCUCCAGGCACAGAAGCAUACAUUCCACAGAGAUAUCCAGAUAACACCAUUGUAUCAUCCAAGUAUACAUUCUGGAACUUUAUACCGAAGAAUUUGUUUGAACAGUUCCGAAGAAUUGCAAAUUUUUAUUUCCUUAUCAUAUUCCUUGUACAGUUAAUAAUUGAUACACCAACUAGUCCGGUAACAAGUGGACUUCCGCUUUUCUUUGUAAUCACUGUAACAGCUAUAAAACAGGGUUAUGAAGACUGGCUGCGACAUAAAGCAGAUAAUGCGGUUAACCAGUGUCCUGUUCAUGUUGUACAGCAUGGCAAGUUGGUCCAAAAGCAAAGCCAGAAGCUUAGGGUUGGAGAUAUAGUGAUGGUUAAGGAAGAUGAAACAUUUCCUUGUGAUUUAAUCUUCUUGUCAUCAAGUAGAGAGGAUGGAACAUGUUUUGUUACGACUGCCAGCUUGGAUGGGGAGUCCAGUCAUAAGACCUAUUAUGCUGUGCAGGACACCAAAGCAUUUCGCAGUGAAGAAGAAAUCGAUACUGUACAUGCUACCAUAGAAUGUGAGCAGCCUCAGCCGGAUUUGUACAAGUUUGUGGGGCGAAUCAACAUAUACCAAAGAAGAGAUGAACCUGUUGCAAGGUCAUUAGGCUCUGAAAAUUUGCUCCUUAGAGGAGCGACUGUAAAAAACACACAGAGAGUUUUUGGUGUUGCUAUAUACACGGGCAUGGAAACUAAGAUGGCACUGAAUUACCAAGCUAAAUCACAGAAGAGAUCAGCUGUGGAGAAAUCUAUGAAUGCCUUCCUGAUUGUUUAUCUCUGCAUCCUGAUCAGUAAAGCACUUAUAAACACUUCAUUGAAGUAUCUGUGGCAAAGUGAACCAUUCCGUGAUGAACCAUGGUACAAUAAGAAAACAGACGCAGAAAGACAACGGAAUGUGUUUCUCAGAGUUCUCACAGACUUUCUGGCCUUCAUGGUUCUUUUCAACUAUAUUAUCCCUGUGUCUAUGUACGUUACAGUGGAAAUGCAGAAGUUUCUGGGAUCAUAUUUCAUUACGUGGGAUGAAGACAUGUUUGAUGAAGACUUAGGUGAGGGAGCCCUGGUCAACACAUCUGAUCUCAAUGAAGAAUUAGGACAGGUUGAAUAUGUUUUCACUGACAAAACUGGAACCCUGACUGAGAACAACAUGGAGUUUAUAGAGUGCUGCAUUGAUGGACAUCUGUAUGUCCCCAACAUCAUCUGCAAUGGUCAGAUACUUCCUGGUUGUACAGGAAUAGAUAUGAUUGAUUCAUCUCCUGGGGGACUCGGACGGGAAAGAGAAGAGCUGUUUUUUCGUGCUGUGUGUUUGUGCCACACCGUUCAAGUAAAAGACGAUGAUGUAAUGGACGGAAUGAAGAAAGGGCGCCGACAUUCAGCAAAGUCUUCCUCAGUCUAUAUUUCCUCAUCACCUGAUGAAGUAGCUUUAGUUGAAGGCAUGAAGAGACUUGGCUAUGAAUAUUUGAGAAUGAAAGAUAAUUUUAUGGAGAUUGAAACUCGAGAAAGUAAGGUGGAAAGAUAUGAACAGCUUGAAGUUCUAAGCUUUGAUUCUGUUAGGAGACGCAUGAGUGUUAUUGUCAGAUCAAGUACAGGUGAUAUUUAUUUGUUUUGUAAGGGUGCAGAUUCAUCCAUAUUUCCAAGGGUUACAGAAGGCAAAGUACAGCAAAUCCAGGCAAGAGUUGAGCUCAAUGCCGUGGAGGGAUUGAGGACACUGUGUGUUGCAUAUAAAAAAAUGAGUCAUGAGGAGUAUGACCGUGCUGCCACAAUACUUCAGAGUGCAAAAUUAGCACUUCAGGACAGAGACAAGAAGCUGGCAGAAGCAUAUGAUCAGAUAGAGACAAACCUCGUUCUUCUUGGAGCAACUGCUGUUGAAGACAGUCUUCAGGAAAAAGCUGCUGAUACCAUUGAAGCACUGCACAAAGGUGGCAUGAAAGUAUGGGUUCUGACAGGAGAUAAGAUGGAAACUGCAAGUGCUACAUGCUUUGCCUGUAAACUGUUCAGAAGAAAUACACAACUGCUGGAGCUGACCACCAAAAGGAUAGAGGAACAGAAUCUGCACGAUGUGUUGUUUGAUCUGAGGAAAACUGUUCUGAGGCACAGUGGCAGCUUAACCAGGGAAAGCAUAUCAGGGCUGUCCAAUGAGUUGCCAGAUUUUGGAUUAAUCAUUGAUGGAGCUACAUUGUCACUUUUGUUGAAGCCGGCAGAAGAUGGAAGUUUGGGUAACUACAAAGAGCUUUUCCUGGAAAUCUGCCGGAACUGCAGUGCAGUCCUUUGUUGUCGAAUGGCUCCCUUACAAAAAGCACAGAUUGUUAAAAUGAUCAAAGCAUCAAAGGAACAUCCUAUUACAUUGGCCAUCGGAGAUGGUGCGAAUGAUGUUAGUAUGAUUUUGGAAGCACAUGUUGGCAUAGGCCUUAUGGGAAAAGAAGGGCGUCAGGCUGCAAGAAAUAGUGACUAUGCAGUUCCUAAAUUCAAACAUCUGAAAAAGAUGCUACUCGUUCAUGGGCAUUUAUAUUAUAUCAGAAUUUCAGAGCUUGUGCAAUACUUUUUUUAUAAGAAUGUUUGCUUCAUCUUACCUCAGUUUUUGUACCAGUUUUACUGUGGAUUUUCUCAACAGCCGCUGUAUGAUGCUGCCUACCUGACUCUCUACAAUAUCAGCUUCACAUCUCUUCCUAUCCUGUUGUACAGUCUUAUGGAGCAGCAUGUCAGCAUGGAGAUGCUCAAGCGGGAACCCUCCCUCUACAGGGACAUAGCCAAGAAUGCAUUACUGCGAUGGAGACUAUUCAUUUACUGGACACUCCUGGGUGCAUUUGAUGCAGUGGUGUUCUUCUAUGGUGCUUAUUUCUUGUUUGAUAAUACAAGUCUGACCAGUAAUGGACAGCUAUUGACAGCCAACACAAGCAUGAUGUUUGGAAACUGGACAUUUGGAACACUGGUUUUUACAGUGCUGGUAUUUACUGUGACCCUUAAGCUUGCACUAGACACUCGUUACUGGACAUGGGUGAACCACUUUGUAAUUUGGGGAUCACUGUUAUUCUAUGUAGUCUUCUCUCUGCUUUGGGGCGGUAUCAUAUGGCCAUUCCUGAACUACCAGAGGAUGUACUUUGUUUUUAUGCAGCUGCUCUCUAGUGGGCCAGCGUGGCUUGCUAUCAUCCUAAUAGUAAUUAUCUGCCUUCUUCCUGAUGUAGUAAAGAAGGUCAUGUGCAGACAGCUAUGGCCCACAGCUGCAGAGAAAGUCCAGAAUGCUGCUAAACAGACAUGGGACCACAUGUCAGAAUUUACACCCCUUGCCUCUCUCCAGAGUCCAAGCUACAACAGUAAUGAACACAACAUUACUAAAGCUACAAGGUCUUUGCCUCACUCCAGAACAGUGUUUAAUUACGUGGAAGACUAUGACUGCUCCCAUAGACAGUCUGUAACUGACCAUACAAAUAUCUACUACACCUCCAGAGCAGAUUUGUUGAACAACAGGCCAGCUCUGGAAACAUCUGUAUAGCAUACAGUUUCAUCUGAAGGCAGGCCUUGAAUCACUGUGCUUUUUCUAAACAUUAAGUGUACUUUCUAUGAGAGAAAGAAAUACUGAAAUAAAGACAAUAUGUAAUUAUACUGUGUUAUAAAUGUUA